AUGUCCGGGGUCAGCGGCACAUAUCGAGGCACGCCCAACCGGCGUGGUCAACUCCCAUUUGCAGACUCUCCUUCCGCAAUCCCUCGUCCCAAGAUGGAGUCUUCCACCAAUACAGCCCCCAGCGAGAUGUCUGGCACCUCCACCGUGUCUGCAAGUCGACAGAAGCAGAGUAAGAGAGACGAGGCAAUUCGACGCAAGAUGGAAGCCGACCUCAGCAAGAAGAAGCACGUCCCCUCCCGCGCCCGACACACCCGCAAGGCACCGCCGGGGACAGUCCUGGCCCUCAAACCCAGUCAGGCUUUACAGAUCAAGCCCUCCACCACCGUCGCCGAGGCGGCUCAGCUGAUGGCUGCCAAGAGAGAAGACUGCGUUUUGGUUACCGACGACGACGAGAGGAUCGCGGGUAUUUUCACCGCAAAGGACUUGGCUUUCCGCGUUGUCGGCGCCGGCAUUAAAGCUAACCAAGUCACCAUUGAACAGAUCAUGACCAAGAACCCGUUGUGCGCGAGAACUGACACGAGCGCCACCGAUGCCCUGGAUCUCAUGGUCCGAAAAGGAUUCAGACAUCUGCCUGUCAUGGAUGAAAACCAAGACAUAUCCGGGAUUCUUGACAUCACGAAAUGCUUUUACGAGGCUAUGGAAAAGCUGGAACGUGCAUAUAGUUCUUCGCGCAAGUUGUACGAUGCCCUGGAAGGCGUACAGUCUGAACUUGGCUCCAGCCAACCCCAACAGAUUAUCCAGUAUGUCGAGGCUUUGAGACAGAAGAUGUCGGGACCUACAUUGGAAUCGGUGCUGAAUGGGCUCCCUCCUACGACCGUCUCGGUCAGGACGUCGGUCAAAGAGGCGGCUCAGCUCAUGAAGGAGAAUCACACAACCGCAGUGCUGGUGCAAGAUCAAGGGUCUAUCACCGGUAUUUUUACGAGCAAGGAUGUGGUAUUACGUGUCAUCGCCCCUGGUCUUGACCCGUCAACUUGUAGUGUCGUGAGAGUCAUGACGCCUCAUCCGGACUUUGCGCCCACAGACAUGAGCAUUCAGGCUGCUCUGCGCAAGAUGCAUGCUCUAGAUGGACACUACCUCAAUCUCCCCGUUAUGAACGGCGAGGGUGAGAUCGUCGGCAUGGUGGACGUUCUCAAAUUAACGUAUGCCACCCUCGAACAGAUCAACACUAUGAAUUCCGGAGAAGCGGAGGGCCCGGCAUGGAACAAGUUCUGGCUGUCAAUGGACAACGACACCGAAUCCAUCAUGUCUGGUGAAGGCAGCCAUCGCCCAACGACUCCUGGCCAUCGUUCAAUGAUGGAGUCAGAGUCUGGCCGUCCUGGAUUUGAAAGGGGGGACAGCGUGAUGCCACACGACUCCGCUUCGCACCGAGGAGACGAUGUUCACUCGGAGGUCCUUCCGUCUGUCGAAUCGCCGGAGACACCAUUCCCGUUCAAGUUCAAAGCCCCCAGCGGACGAGUCCAUCGGAUACAAGUCCACGCUAGCAGCGGUCUAGCCGAACUGGUCGACCAAGUCACCGCCAAACUAGGGGGUGAAGUGGAAUCCGUAGGCGGAGAAGCCACUGUUGAGGAAGGCAAAUUGGGUAAAGCAGGUUAUGCAUUGAGUUACCUGGACAAUGAGGGCGAUACAGUCUCUAUCACCACGGAUCAAGAUCUUCUCGACGCAAUACUGCUAGCGAGACAAGGGAAGAGAGAUAAAGUCGACUUGUUCGUGCAUGACCCGGCUCAACCGCCAAUUGCCACGACGGUGGAUCCGCGACCUCAGCUUUCGAAACCGCCCACUCCUCCAGAGUCCAUACUCAAGGAGGCAGCAAUAGUAGAAGCCGCAGACGAGGGCGAUGAAGAAGAGGGAGAAGAAGAAGAAGCUGCGCCCGUAGCAAAGACGAUACGAUCGAAACGAGCACCACCCAUGACGCAGCAACGGCAGGAAGAACAACCCCAGAUUAUUGCUGGUGUGCCGAAUGACCUGCUUCUUCCUGGCGCCAUUGUCACGCUUGCAGUUGUUAUUGUUGGCGUUUUUGCAAUUAGUCGAGCGACGGCGAAGUAA